GGUCGUACUUGACAAAAACAAGCCACCUGCUGGCUGCUGCCCGUCCAAAAACACACGCCGGCCGUGAGCUAGCUACCUCUCCAGUCUCCACACCUGGAGAGUACUCUAAGAUCGAGCUAGCUAGGCGGCGGCCAUGGCGUCCAUGGACUUCGUGGUCCAGGUCCUUGUUCGAGUGGUGAUGAGAAGAAGCAUCCGCAGGCUGCAAGAGGUCGUUGACAUGGCCGUGGAGAUCGGCACGGCGGUCUUCGUGGCCGUGCGGGUCUCCGGCCUGGUCUUCCGCCGCCGGCUGCCGACGAGUACGCCGUCGUCUUCGUCGUCGCCGGCGGUCUCGGGCGGCACUGCAACUACUACGACGACGUAUUACUACUCCCCGGGAGCGUCCGCCUUGAUCGGCAUGUCCAGGAUUGACAGGCACUAGCUAGCUAGGGUCAGCUAGCUACUUCUGGCAGGCAUGUAAGUACCAAUAUAUGGUCAUUUGUGCGAUUUGUGAGUAGUAAUUAAAUUAAACACAGCAUUUAGUUAGCUGUACGUUGUGUUACUGCUCUACAUAUGUGUAAUUUGAGGAGUUGAGGUCGCAAAUCAAAAUAAACUUUUGCAUCGAUUC